GCGGAGGCCGCCGGGAUGCAGCUGGACUCGGAGGAAGGCAAAGACGCUGCAGAAGAACCGAGCAAAACUGCGAAGCUCGACAAGCCGCCGUUCAGCUACAACGCGAUGAUUAUGAUGGCUAUUAGACAAAGCCCCGAGAAGAGACUAACGCUUAACGGAAUCUACGAGUUUAUCACGAAGAACUUUCCGUUUUACCGGGGGCACAAGCAGGGCUGGCAGAACUCCAUCCGUCACAAUCUGAGUCUCAAUAAAUGCUUUGUUAAAGUGCCGAGACAUUACGACGACCCGGGCAAAGGCAACUACUGGAUGCUGGACCCCUCGAGCGAUGAUGUUUUCAUCGGCGGCACGACCGGCAAGCUCCGGAGACGCUCGGCCACCUCCAGAGGAAAGCUGGCGAUCAAACGAGGACUGCGGUUCUCCCCGCUGGGGCUGGGAAUAAACGAGGCGGCGAGCAACCCGCUGUACUGGCAGAUCUCGCCUUUGUUAUCUUUGCACCCUCAGCAUUACAGCGGAACGGCGCACGGGUUUCUGAAUCAAGCUCCCGGUUACGGUUCUGUCGUGUCUGGCGUCCGGGACGCGGCGCGCUGUGGCGGUGCUCUCGGUCUGACGAACACUUACGGGAUGAGUUCGUCUCCCGUUGGGCUGCUAUCCGUCCCGUCAGGCUACUUGCACCCGCCGGCCCUGCAGCAACACGCGUUCAGCUCUCAGUUACUCACCGACUCCCUCAGGACCAUGUCCUCCUUCUCCCCGGCUGUGUCCAGCGCUUUACCCGCUCUUCUGUCCCACCACGACAGAGGCUCUCCAGAUGCCUUUUAAACUGAAAGUGAUUUCGUUGAGAUGAAAUCAUGUAAUCAUGCACUAAAUGCUUCCGUACAGUUU